AUGAACAAUAUCGAUUAAUUCUUCAUUAACCAUAUAUAAUAGUUUGUUCCAUCUUGGAGUCAUCUCUAAAGUGAUGAUUUGAGAAUUACUAAGACAAUAGGAAUAACAAAUAAGACUUAUAUUAUUGAAGCAGAUGCUACUCCAAACAAAAUAAUCUUUCGUCAUUUUGGUGAGGUUGGAGUUGGAUUAUUUUUGAACAGAGAAUAAGAAUUGCACAUAGCAAAACAAGUAGCUAAAUGUAAAAUGGGUCCUCAUUUUUAUGGUCACACUUAACAUGUUCGUUUGGAAGAAUACAUAGAGAAUGAGGUCAUGAGUCAGGAGUCAAUGAAGGAUCCUGAAACUUACACCCAAGUGGCAUAGACCUUGUGCAAGUUUCAUCAGAUAGACGUGUCUAAUCAAAUGAAUGACAGAACCCCUUUGUUUGAAAAAAACUUGGAAGAAAAUUCAGAUUUCUUAUAGUAAGUAAGAGAGAAAGUUUGUUCCAAUUUAUUCUCUGAAGACGAGAAGUCUAUUCUAUCUAACAUGGCUCAUUGGUUCUCGGAGGAGGAAGUUAAAUUUUUGCAAUCAAUAUUACCAAAAGAUGACAUUGUAUUUUCCCACAACGAUCUAUUAGCAAAUAACAUCCUAUUGAUCCCACCUAACUUCGAUAAGGUAAUGUUCAUCGAUUUUGAGUAUUCCUCCUAUAACUUCAGAGGAUUUGACAUAGCCAACUAUUUCAAUGAAUCACAAUUUAGUUAUCUAAACCCAAAUCCACCUUACUUUUAUAUAGAGGAAGGGAUGAUUGAUGAGGAGAUCUUGAAGGACUUUGUUAAAGUCUACAUUGAGAAGUCAGGAUUGGAUUUAGACUAUCAAAAUUUACUACACCAAGUAUAUAUUGGGUAGUUAUUCUCACAUUUCUUUUGGGCAGCAUGGGGAAUCAUCAUGGCUAAAUCAAAUGAUAUUGUUUUUGAUUAUCUCUCUUUUGUCGAAGUUAGAUAUCACAAAUAUUACUAACUAAAGAAGCAUCUUUUUGGAAAAUAAUGAUCAAAAUAUUAAUAAAUGUUAUUAGAAUAUAUAAAGUUAAUGGUCUAUUUAAA